AUGCUCUUAUGGACUAGCUGCUUUCUUUUGUUUGUUUGUUUGAAUCGGAAGUGGACCGUUUUCGAAUUUACAUUCAAAUUCUCUGCCUGGCAGGAAUAUAUCCUAGAGCCCGAAAACAUAAAACAAACCAAUUCUCCACCUGUACAAAAAUGGGGGUUUCACCAGACUUUAACGAAAAGAAAACCAUCAAAUCAGAAUAGAAUGGGUUCAAAACGUAUCGUGGGUUUGGAUUUAGUGAAGGGAAUUGCUAUCCUCAUGAUGAUUAUAGUUCAUUCGGUUACGCAAGUAAUCGCUGAUUAUGAUGGAAAAGUGUUCUUUAGUGUGAAGGAUAAGAUUCCCCUGCCUAUUCUUUACUGUGUUGUGUACCCUAUUAUGAUUAUUGGUCUGUGGGGUACAGUUUUCACCAUGAUUACGGCUAUUACCACUUCCCUAAGCGCAAUUCGGAUCAUGGACAACAAUCCACGAGCUAUAUUCCCGUAUAUUCUUCAACGAUGGUUGUUCCUCGUUUUGCUUCGUCUUGGAGAGUGCCUGGCUAAUGCGUUUUUAUCAAAGGAGGCCGACCCAUACAAUAAUGAGCAUUUUACCUUCCCUAGUAUUACGUUUGGAGGAGCGGCUACGACUUUGGACUCGAUCGGAUGGUCCGGUCUAAUUGCUCCAUUCUUUGUUUUCUGUUUCUACCGUCGGCAGCUGAAAAGCUCCAUUCCUUGGACCAUUAUCCUGUUCUCUGUUUUAUCCUAUCUCUUGUUUGCAAUCAGUCCGUUUACUACCAAAUUCUUUGCUACCAUCUCUGAUUUUUUGGCUCGCAACCAAAUGGGCCUUCUGGCAGCCGUUCUAGGGAAAAUCUGCUAUGGACGGUUCAAGAUCUCCCAGACAAUUCCGUUUACGAGCAUCGGAACGAUGUAUGCGUUCCUUCUGCAUCAAAACCAGUCGGUUCAGUUCCUUACCAUGCUGAGUUCCAUAUACUUUGUCCUGGGCAUCGGGAUCUUUUUUGUUUGGUUAUUAAUCGACAAAUCCUUCCUCGAUGAUCUUGUCUCGGAAGAUGUGCCUCUUCCCGCCCAAAUCGUUUCUUUCGGGUGCAUUUGCUUCAUGACGUUCAUCCACGCGUGCUUCGUGGACGGCGACCGCUCUCCCGAGAAAAAGCUGAAAUCGCGCAAGCGCAUUCGCUACUUGCUGCGACUCAGCAUGCUGAGCCUCACCGUGUUCUGCAUCGGAGGAUGGGUCGGCAGACAGCUCUCGCUGCCGUGGCAAGCCGUGUUUGGACCUCCCUGCACGCACAAUCCGUCGGUCUUGAAAUGGAAUCUGUGGGUGUGCGUGGCGUACACGAUCUUCUUGCUGGCGUGCUGGAUUCUGAUUUCGAUUGUCUGGGAGAAGAAGGACUUCGUGGGCAGCAUGGAGCACAUUCUGGGAUGGGUGUUGUCGCAAAUGAUGGGAAAGAAGUUCGAAAUGAAUAGUCGGAAGUUUGUGUACGGGCCUGCGAUGGAGUUGGAGGCCGGUGCGAAUUGGGGGACGGAGUGA